AUGCAAGGCACGGACGCGGUCUUACAGUCGUUCACAGGGUCGGGCAAGACUCUUGCGUAUCUGCUGCCCAUCCUCGCCUCUGUGGGCCCUCUCAGCCGCCAACAAGCCCACGCAAACUCCACUGGGGCUGAUGGUGCUGGGGGAGGGGAGGGGGACGGGGACGGCAAGGGCAGGAAGGGCAAGAAGGGGCGCGCAGGCGGAGGGGGAGGGGGCGGGGGAGGCGGAGGGGGCGUGGAGGCGGUGGUGGUGGCGCCGUCUCGGGAGCUGGCAAUGCAGAUCGUGAGAGAGGCUGAACGCGUGCUGGGGGAGGAGCAUAAGCGCUGUGUGCAGCAGCUGAUCGGAGGGGCGAACCCCCACCGGCAGGAGGAGGCGUUGAAGAAGCACCGACCUUCCAUCGUGGUGGGCACGCCGGGGCGCAUCGCAGAGAGCAGCCGCGCGGGGCGGCUGGCGACCCACUCGUGCCGCUGGCUGGUGCUGGACGAGGCCGACAUGCUGCUGUCCCACCGGUUCAGGAUGGACAUGCUGCGCAUUCUCGACCAUGUGGGACGGCGAAAUGACUUGCUUCCUGUUCCUGCUGCUGCUGCUGCAGCAUCAGCCGUGCACGGGGCACUUGUGAUUCCGCCUCCAGUGCAGGCAGGAGGGGUGCUGGCAUUGCUGGGGCGAGGCAGUGAGGAGGCGCCACUGGUGGCGCUGAGGGACAGCCUGCCGCCCAACCUCGAGCACUGCUACAUAGUGGUGAACAGGCGGCAUCACGUGGACAUCGUGCGGCGCUGCGUACAUGCGCUCUCAGCGCGGUCAGCGAUGGUGUUCAUGAACUUUGGGCGCCGCCUGGUGGACGUGCAGCACAAGCUGGAAGCAAGAGGGCUGUCCGCUGCUGCGCUGCAUGGCACCAUCUCCAAGCUCGCCCGCACCAACAUCAUGUCCUCCUUCAGGGACGGCGGUGUGCGUGUACUUCUGGCAACGGAAGUGGGUGCGCGCGGGCUGGACGUGGUCGUUUGCGACCUCGUCGUGAACCUUGAGCUGCCGGCCUCGCCCGCUCACUAUGCGCACCGCGCCGGCCGCACGGGGCGGCUGGGGCGGCGCGGCGUGGUGGUGUCGGUGUGUGAGGAGCGAGAGGAGUUUGUGGUGCAGAGAGUGGCGCGGGAGCUGGGUGUGAGGAUGGAGCGCGUGGAGGUGGUGGAGGGCAGCCUCGUGCCGUAUGAGGGGCGCAUGAAGUACUGA